AUGUCUUAUGUGACUGCGCUGUUGUUGCUGCCAGUCCUGUGUGGCAGCAUCAGCACCUCCAGCGCUGCAGCCUCAGCAUCCCGGAAGUGUGAGGACAGUCUGGCCACUCCUCUUCCCUUCAGCUCCUUCACCAGCUCAUCAGUGUUCACCAGGGGACAUGGAGCCGGUUACGCCAAACUCAACCGAAAACAAGGUGAUGGAGGCUGGUCGCCCCUGGACACGGACCGUUACCAGUGGUUACAGAUGGACCUGGGUGCUAGGAAGCAGGUGGUUGCCAUAGCGACUCAGGGUCGCUACAGUAGCUCCGACUGGACCAGGAAGUAUCGGCUGCUUUACAGUGACACGCCGAAAAACUGGAGGCCUUAUCUACAGGAUGGAAACAUCUGGACGUUCGAGGGGAACGUGAACAGUGAGGGCGUGGUCCGCCACGAGCUGCAGCACGCCAUCCUGGCUCGCUACAUCCGCUUCAUCCCGCUGGACUGGAGCAGGGAGGGACGCAUCGGAGUCCGUCUGGAGCUCUACGGCUGCUCGUACUGGGCAGACGUGAUCAGCUUUGACGGCCAAGGCAUCAUCUCCUACCGCUUCCGGAGUAAGAAGAUGAAGAUUGUGAAGGACAUCAUCUCUCUGAAGUUUAGGACCACAGCUAGAGACGGGGUCCUGCUCCAUGGAGAGGGACAACAGGGGGACUACAUUUCCCUGGAGCUCCGCAGGGCGAGACUGCAGCUCAGCAUCAACUUAGGCAGUAACCAGUAUGGCUCCAUCCAGGGUCACACCUCUGUGACCAGUGGGAGCUUACUGGACGACGACCACUGGCACUCGGUCGUCAUAGAGCGUUACCGCAGGAACGUCAACUUCACCCUGGACCACCACACUCAGCAGUUUAGGACCAAUGGAGAGUUUGACCACCUGGACCUGGACUAUGAGAUCAGUUUCGGAGGUGUGGCCGUGUCAGCGAAGCCGAGCUCAGGAGGCAGAGAGAACUUUGUGGGCUGCAUGGAGGGAAUCACCUACAACGGAGACAACAUCACUAACCUGGUCCGCAGGAAGAAGGUGGACACGUCCAGCUUUCGUAACCUGACAUUCUCCUGCAGCGAGUCCAACUCCUUCCCCGUCUUCUUCAACUCCACAUCCUUCCUGCGGCUGCCGGGUCAGAGUGACAGCGACACUCUGUCAGUCAGCCUGUCUUUCAGGACAUGGAACCCCAAUGGGCUGCUGAUGUUCACAGCGCUGGCCGACGGCUGGGUGGAGGUGGGACUGUUGGAAGGGAAGGUCAACAUCUACGUGAAUGUGACACAGCAGAAGAGCAUACGUUACAUUGAUAUCUCAUCAGGCUCGGGUCUGAAUGACGGCCAGUGGCACAGUGUCCAUCUGAAUGCACUGGAGUUCUAUGCAAUGCUGACAGUGGAUGGAGAUGAAGCAUCUACAGUCAGAACAGUCAUGCCCCUCCACAUCCAGACUGGAGGAACCUACUACUUCGGAGGUUACUUCAUGCACACUAACACCCGAUCAGCUCAGCGCCCCUUCCAGGGCUGCAUGCAGAUGAUCCACAUAGACGACCAUCUAGCUGACCUCAGGGCUGUAGAGCAGGGUCUCAUUGGGACCUUUGAAAAUGUCAGCCUGGACAUGUGCGCCAUCAUAGACAGGUGUGUUCCCAACCACUGUGAGCACGGCGGUCGCUGCUCUCAGACCUGGGACACAUUCAGCUGCAACUGUAAUGGCACUGGAUACACCGGAGCUACCUGCCAUACCUCAAUGUACCAGCAGUCCUGUGAGGAGUACAAGCACCAGGGGAAGAGCUCGGGGAGCUACUGGAUCGACCCAGACGGCAGUGGAUCUAUUGCCCCCUUCAGAGUCACCUGUGACAUGACAGAGGAGAAGGUGUGGACCACACUGAAGAACAACCUGUCUCCUCAGACCUCAGUCACCAGAGCAGACCAGGAGGGGAAGGCAGCGCUGCAGAUCACUUACAACGUGACCGAUGAACAGGUGCUGUCCAUCACUGGCAAUGCAGAGUACUGUGAACAGUACGUAGCCUACGCCUGCCGCAUGUCUCGUCUGCUCAACACUCCAGAUGGCGUCCCGUUCACCUGGUGGGUAGGACGAGCCAAUGAGAGGCAUUCCUACUGGGGGGGUUCAGGACCGGGGAUACAGAAGUGUUCCUGUGGCAUCGAACACAACUGCACUGACCCCAAAUACUACUGCAACUGCGACGCUGACCAGAGGACCUGGAGGGAAGAUGCAGGCCUGUUGGUGUAUAAAGACCAUUUGCCAGUCAGUCAGGUGGUGGUUGGUGAUACAGGCAGAGCUGGAUCUGAGGCCAAGCUGACCGUAGGACCACUCAAAUGCCAGGGGGACCGGAACUACUGGAACGCAGCCUCCUUCUCCAGCCCCGCCUCCUCCCUCCACUUCCCCUCCUUCAGAGGUGAAACCAGCACCGACAUCUCCUUCUACUUUAAGACCUCCUCCACUCAUGGAGUGUUUCUGGAGAACCUGGGAACCACUGACUUCCUCCGCAUUGAACUCAGAGGAGGCUCGGUGGUCGUCUUCUCCUUCGACGUGGGCAGUGAGCGGAUGGAGCUCAGUGUCCGCUCACCGGCGCCUCUCAACGAUGACCAGUGGCAUCGCGUGGAGGCUGAGAAGAACAUCAAGGAGGCGGUGCUGCAGCUUAAUGGACAGUACAGAGAGGUCAGACCCACCCCCCCACAGGGACACACAAAACUGGAGUUCUACAGUGAGCUAUACAUUGGUGCCUCGAGUGGUCAGAGGGGUUUCCUGGGCUGCAUGCGGGCUCUGAUGAUAAAUGGUGUGACCUUUGACCUGGAGGAGAGGGCAAGGGUGACUCCAGGUGUGAGUCCGGGUUGCCAGGGCCACUGCAGCAGCUACGGGAUGCACUGCAGGAACGGAGGGAAGUGUGUGGAGCAGUACAACGGAUACUCCUGCGACUGCUCCCUCACCGCGUACGACGGAGCCUUCUGCACCGAUGAUGUUGGCGGCUACUUUGAGACAGGAACCUUGGUGCGUUACGACUUCCCGUUCGAGGCGGGGCCUUUUGUGUCGCGGGAAGUAAAGAGCCUAUCAGGUGUCAGUGUUCCUAGUGAGGCCAACCUGACUCAGGAGGAGCUGGUGUUCAGCUUCAGCACCUCCAGCACCCCCAGCAUCCUGGUCUACGUCAGUUCCAGGACUCAGGAUUACCUCGCUGUGGUGCUCAGGCAUAACGGCACCCUCCAGAUCCGCUACAGUCUCGGGGGGCUGACAGAACCUUACACCAUAGACGUCGACCACCGUAACUUAGCCAACGGACAGCCGCACUCUGUCAACAUAACAAGGAACCUAAGAGAGAUACGACUACAGCUCGACCACUACCCGGUCUCCACGUACACCCUGCCUGAGGCCUCCGACACCCAGUUCAACUUGAUCAAAAGCAUCUUUCUCGGAAAGGUCUUUGAGACCGGACAGAUCGACCCCAUCCUGAUCGAGCGCUACAACACUCCAGGCUUUGUGGGCUGUCUGUCAAGAGUUCAGUUUAACAGCGUAUCUCCACUGAAAGCUGCAUUGCGCUCGGGUCUGGCAGCGCCCGUCACCACCCACGGCAUUCUAGUCCCAUCCAACUGUGGAGCCUCACCCCUGACCAUCUCCCCCAUGGCCUCAGCCAGUGACCCCUGGCACAUGGAGUUUGCUGGAGCUGUUUUCCCCUUCAAUGAGGACAAAGCCAGUGGUGAUGGAGUGGAUCGCAACUCUGCUAUAAUUGGAGGCAUCAUCUCCAUGGUGAUCUUCACUGUCCUCUGCAUCAUGGUGUUCGUGAUCCGCCACAUGUUCCGUCAUAAAGGCUCCUACCACACUAACGAGGCCAAGGGGGCGGAGUCAGCAGACUGCGCCGACGCUGCGAUCAUCGUCAACGACCCCGCCUUCACCGAGACCAUCGACGAGAGCAAGAAGGAGUGGUUCAUCUGAGGCCGCCGCUGCGACACGGACAGCUGACGUUAGGAUGUAUGUUAGUUUUCUCAGCAUAGGGCGUAUUAGUGAGGUGACACCCCCCCCCCCCUCCUCCCCGGGGGAAUCUGGAGAAUGUGCCGAGCGGUUUAUUUAAAAACUUUAUGGACAGCGGACACCAUGGCAUCGCAGCGUGGGUUUUAAAGCACAGGGCGCAGCACUGCCUGGCAGAGCCCAUGUGGAGGUGUGGAGCGGUUUGUUUUAACUUUAUUUACAACGGACAGGGUGACAGGCUUCAGGUGGUGUAGAGGACAGUGCCAUGAUGAGUGAGUUUGUUCAUCAGGUUUUACUUUUUUUUUUACCAUACAUAUGUAUACAUUUUUUUUUAUCUGAGUUCAGUUUAA